CUGCCCAAGCGUGUUACUUUGUCCAUCACCUUAAAGAUAAAGCUUUACAAUCCACUCACAGUAUCUGGAAGCCCUGCACCCUCGUUGCAAAUGGUCUCUCGUUGAACAAAAUUGAACAUGGCAUCACAAAUGCAAUUGAUGCCUGGAGAAUUUGAGCAGUACCUAGCGGACAAUUUCGUGUUCUCGGCCAUGGCCGCGCCAACCCAGGAAGUCAGCUCGGGCUCCGGCCACACGCAGAAAACGGAGGCUCCGCCAAACGCGCAAAAGCGCUUUCGAGCAAGGCAGAAGGAGAAAAUGUCCAGCCUGGAGCGGGAGGUGGCGGAGAAGCAAGCUGCGUAUGCGCAGCUAACUGCGGAGAACGAGGUGCUGAAGCGGAAGGAGAAGGUGCUGGAGAAGGUGCUCAGCUGUCGUGACGAGCAGCUGGGUAUGGUGAGGGCGCUGGAGGAGCGCUGCGUCACACAGCCCGAUUGGAUCGGCAUUGGCGUUGGCGCCACGCCCCAGGCUCCCGACGACACCACAGGUACCGCUGCCGGCGCCGGCGCCGGCAAUGGUGGCACCGCUGACGGUGCGGUGGUGGUGGUGCACCGCAGCUGCUUUGGCAGCAGCGCCGCAAAUAACGUGGUCAGCGGGCCGGUGGAGGCGCAGGAGCAGUUCAAGAACAUGAAGAAGGAGCAGGUAAUCCCCCAGUACAAGGCCUUCCUGGCCGAGGUGUCGGCGGCGCUGCUGCACUGCACCUACCCCUGCUGCGACAGCGACAACCCCAUAGUGCAGAAGGUGACUGCGGCUGUGGAGCGCAUGGGACACAUGCUCAAACACCUGGUGCUGCUCAACAGCCAGCUCAUGAGACAGCUGCUGAGCAUGAACCUGGAGACGGGCCAGCCCGCCGCACCGCCGGUCGGGCACUGGGACACGGUGGUGGGCUCGCUGCAGCUGACGCCGCAGCAGGCCGCCGACAUCACAGCCGUGUACGACCUGUACCGGGGGCUCAUCGCCAAGGUGUAUGACGAGCGGCGACUGAUCCUCACGGCCCUGGGCCACACGCCCAGUCCUGGCGGCAUGGGGACCGGGUGUCCUCUGGAGGGCUCGGCGGCGUCCUUCCUGCAGCAGCUGCAGGCGGGCAUGGCGGGAGGCGGCGGCGGCGGAGGUCGGCCGCUGGUGGGCGGAGACGCGCGCGAAGGGAUCGAGCGCACCGACCUGGCCGCCGACAUGGAGCUGAUCGACAAGCUGGCUGCCAACAUGAACAAGGAGCACAGCGCGCGAACACUGCUGUGCUGCUUCUUCUUCGGCAAGGUGCUGGCGCCGCCGCAGUUUGCAAAGGUGGCUGUCUACUCCUACCCCUUCUUCCCGGACUCACUGGCGGUGGCGACCGCCGUGGCAAGGAGUGGUGGUCUGGCAGGCGGCAGCGGCAGCGGCAGCCUUGACGGCAGCCGAUGAGGUCGCGAGGGAGAUCGGGGUGAGGAGAUUCAGUUUAGCCAGGGGAAGGGCGGGGCAGGAUUGGGGGCGCUGGGCUGGAUUGAGUGCAUGGUCUGCCGUGCGGGGAGUGGCAAUGGCUGGCGCCGGCGGGCGUGUGUGGGUGUGUGGGUGCAUGUGUGCGGGACCGGCCACCGCGGGUGUGGACAGGGACAGGGAGAUGCGCCGUGUCCCGCGCUGGCUGUGUUGUGUUGGUUGCCCGGGUGGCUGCUGUUGCGUGUGGUUGUGGUGGUGGAGGUCUUACUUGGCUUCGUAAUGGCGUGCAUAUGCUGGUUCUUUUGCACUGUUGAAGUAUGUGUGGCGAGAGGGAGAGAGGGGGAGCGAACUGUACUGCACUGGUUGGAAAUUUGUGUGUCGCGCUGCCUUGUUCCUUACCUUUGUUCACAUGCCGGUGCCGGCUCCGCUGCUGCCCUGCUGUGUAACUAGGGAGCAUAGGGAAGGGCAGGGACAGCGCAAUGAGCAGUGUGCGUGUCAUUUGUUUUGUAGCGAAGUACUGCUGAAGUUUGGGGGGGGCCUAGGAACGGUUCUGUGCAUGGCUGCUGCCGACGUGAACGCAUCCCACUCACGGCUGACGCAUCGGUCCUGUGGUUGGGGCCUGGCAUGCUGCGCACACACAGCGUGUGAUGAUUACCAACACCCGUGUGUGUCCGGAGGGUUGUUGCAUCAUUCGGUGUUUGUGUGCCCGGUCACACAGAUGUGCCACACGUGAACUAUCAGUUUGGGUCGUAGGCGGGUGGGGUGCGGUCGGCGUAUGGGUCUACAGGCUGGGCCGGCGGCGCCACCGCGCACCUCCAGAUGUGUGUGUUACAAACCAUGACCAAUUGGCUAUUCUAGUUGCGGUGGUGCCGUGUGUCGCGUGUGUGAACAGAAAUGUGAACUUACAUCCUGCAUAGUACGGCAUACACAGUCACGUGGCCGCGCCGGGCUGCGCGCACACGGCAAGUGGCGGUCGAAAAUGACGAACGGCAUCUCAUACAGCAGAGUGUGUUUGCACUUGAAGUUGGACAGCAUUCGGUGGCCCACAUAAUUGUCACAAGGGGGGCUACACCACCUCCAGGGGUCAAGCGUGCGGCACAUACAUCAUCAUUUAGGCAAUGGUGCUGCCGUGGAAUGCACAGAAGCGCACACGGCAAGGGCGCCUUUGUUGAUGUGAAGAGGGAGGGACUGGACGCGUGUGGACGUGUGGUGCAUGACUGGGUGGCUGGAAGGGCCGCCUGCUGCUGCCGCAAGACGACACAUCUGUAACGCGCAGUGCUG